UUGCAAAACAGAAAAAUAGCAGCAACAGCGUUUAAUCAGUUGAACGUAGCUGGAAUUGGAAGAGAGCAGAAGACAGCAGUUUCCAAUGGGUCUUCAAUUGAGCAAGCGAACAGCAGACGUCGUUGACAGCAGCAAAAGCAAAGUUCAUAGAAAUUCCAUUAGCGAAGCGAAUUCGGAGCAGCAUCAGCAGCAGCACGAAGAAUUGGCUGAAACUGUCGAAGCUGGCGGCACAAAUACAACAAGAACUUCAACAACAGCAGCAGGAGCAGCGGCUGAGGAGGCGUUAGCUGAGGUGCGACAAAUUAUAAUUAAAAUACAAUUGGCAAAAAUGGAGAAUGGCAAUCAGGAGGAGGAGCAGAGGGUGCGAGAGGGAGAGCGCGAGCGCGAGCGCGAGCAAUUGCCUUUGUCAGAGGGCGCCGCGACGUCUGCUGCGGACGACAUAGUCAAUGCAAAUGAACAAAUGGGCGCAGGUGCUAGUCGAACUGCGGGCAGUUCUUCAACGGAAGCGCCGAAAAAAACAAACGAAAGACAAAUUGUGAAUAAUAACAAUUUAGCGGGAAGCAUUGCGUCGGAGUCGGCGUUGACGUCGGCGCCUACAUCGGUCAGAAUGCUACAAUUGCACGAUGAUGACGUCGUCGUCAACGACGUCGUCAGCGAAGACGGCGAAUUGGAAGUGGCAUUAUCGUCUCUGCUGCGUCGCAGCAGCGGCGAAGGCGUCGAGUACUGUGAGGUGCUCGAGCCACAGCCAGUUAACGAAAUGCUGUCGAGCGGACAACAACGUACGCAAGUUAUUCACUUUCGUCGCAGCAGCAAAGCUUUGUCAAUGAAUUCAGCAACUGCAACUGCAGCUGCAGCAGGAGCAAGCACAUCGAAGCGACGUUGCUGCAAGUGCAAGUGUCGCGAUGUGAUUCGUGGGCUGCGAGGCAUUCUGGAACCCAGCUCAAGCAGCGCUCAGGCCAGCAAGGACAAAAAGGAAGCAGCCGCAGCAGCGGCGCCUAGGAGUAAACCGCGCAGCAGUGCAGACAGACGUUCAACGCCCCCAACGCUAAGCAGCGGCAGCGGCAGCGGCAGCGGCACUGGCAGCGCAGCAGCAUCAGCCUCGCAACUGCAGCGAAUUCAACGCAAUUCGGUGGCUAUUGCCGAGCCAAGCCAAUUGGCCAUUUGGGCAGCGCCUACGAAUGGCAUUGGCGAUGUCAUCAUACGCAUCAGCUCACAGCCGAUGCCGCAAUUUGUCGUGGAGCCAGCUGCUGCCGUCAGUCACAAUAAUCGCAAUACGUUGCCCAUGGUCGCUGCUAUGGGUCACAAUAUACGCUUGGUAACUACUACAGAUGGAGCAGCUCCUGCAACCGGCACGGCAGCUCUGCUGCCUCUAUCCAUCGAACAGUCCUGCCCGCCAACGGUGAAUGCGUAUGGUGCCGGUGUAACGGUACAUUCGCAAAUUGAUUUCAUGCAUUGUUUGGUGCCGGAUCUGGAACGGAUUAUCAACAGCAGCUUCUACUGGGGCAAAAUGGAUCGCUAUGAGGCGGAGCGUCUGCUCGAAGGCAAGCCGGAGGGCACAUUUCUAUUGCGCGACUCCGCACAGGAGGAGUUUCUAUUCUCAGUUACAUUCCGGAAAUACGGACGUUCACUGCACGCGCGCAUUGAGCAAAGUGGCCACAAAUUUAGCUUCGACUGUCAUGAUCCUUGCGUGUUUGCUGAUUUGACGGUAACUGGUCUGCUGGAGCACUACAAAGAUCCGUCGUGCGUUAUGUUCUUUGAGCCCUGCCUAACCAUGCCUCUGCAUCGCCGUCAAACGUUCUCGCUGCAGGAGCUGGCGCGUGCCACAAUCGUCUCGAAUACCACAUACGAUGGCGUCAAUCAGCUGGAGCUGCCAGGACGCUUGAAGAGCUAUCUCAAGGAAUAUCACUACAAGCAGAAGCUGCGCGUCAAGCCAUGCGAUGCUCAUACACCAGCGCCGUAUUAUGCCAACAUAUAGUCCGCGGCAACGUUGGCAGUGGCGCCACCUGUUGUCGAGCUGCCACCGGCGGGGUUCGCCUACUACGAGGAUGUGGACAGCAGUGGUAGCGAUCGCGAUGACGAUGAGGCGGUCAAUAUUCGCGUCUCCUAUGUGCAACAUGCCGAAGUGUUGGCUCAACUGCGACAUCCACAGCAGCAGCAGCAGCAACGGCAUCUGCAACUGCAACAGCAACAGCACCGCCAAUUGUUGCGACUGCCGAAUCGCAUGUUUCAUGCGCUCGCUCGCCUCUCCGCCAAUCUCAAUUGUUAUCAGCCUAGCAAGCGCAGCGCCUGAUGUACACUGAAAGAAAGCAGAGCAAAAAAAACCAAAACACAAUUUGAGACAAUCCCAGUGCAUCGCCGACUCCAAAAGCAAAGAAAACGAAAGCAAAAAGAAAAAACUUAAAUAUAAAAAAUCAAAAUAUGAUAUAAAUAGUUAAUGCAAGUAGCCUGUGUAAACUUAACAUAAGUAUUAACUAAACAAACUGAAUGAUCCUCUCCUAUACAUAUAUAUAGAAUAGGCACGUCUGAUAUUAUAUAUAUCUAUCUAUAUAUAUAGUCGUGUCUUAUCCGCAUUUGUUUUCCAAGAAAGUAUUUUAGUAAUGCAAAUGCAUUUGUUAAAGUAUUUUAUAUGAUUUUUGUACAUGUUGAAAUUUCUAUGUAUAUAUAUAUGUAUUUUAUGAAUAUAUAUAGCAACUUCCCCUUAGCCCCGCCCACACACUUAGGCGUAUCUAGAUAUUACAACUCUCAUUAGCCAAAUUGCAAACAAAACAAAACAAAAAAAUUAAUUAAUUUAUGUGUACAUCAAGUAAUAGUAUUUUAUUUAUUUAUUCUAAUUGUAAUUUGUGGCUGCGCUUCAACUAUAUAAAAUUCCCCCCAAUUGUAAAUAAAUAAAUAUA